UGGAAAAUGUUUAGAUUUGGUUCGAGAAAAGACGUGAACUGCGAGUUCAAGUGUGGGAUCAGACUCUUGGACGACAAUGAAGUCCUUCAGACAGAGUUUAAGCGCGAACAAAAGGGACAGUUUCUGCUCGACUUUGUCUUCAAAAGCCUUAAUCUCAUUGAAAGGGAUUAUUUUGGACUCAGAUUUGUUGACCAAAACAAACAACGGAAUUGGUUGGACCCAACUAGGUCAAUCAUCAAACAAGUCAAAGGAGUGGAUCCGAUAGUGUUUUGUUUUCGAGUCAAGUUCUAUGCGGCCGACCCUUCGCUCCUUAAGGAAGAGAUC